AUGGUCUCACUUGCUACAACCAACCGGCCCGUCAGCGCCGUUGUUCCCAAGAUGGCAGGCAGCAGCCUCAAGCGCAAGCAAACCGAUGCCUCGUCCAGCCCGGCCCCGGAACCCACAGCCACAGGUCAGGCCAAGCGUCGCCGAGUGACAUUCGAUCCCGAAGUUGACGUGAGAGUACUGGCGGACCCCAAUGAAAAGAGCUUAGAGUUGGUGGGGGAGGAGGUGCGGCGCGCCAUUGAAAAGCAUGCGACGGGCGAGAGGGCGGCCUACGAUGGGCUCAAAGCCUUGUUCAGGGAAUCACCGACGUCUGCAAGUGCACCGCUGUCGCACCUGCUGCAGAAAUAUGUCAUUGCACUUACGAACAAUACGCCGCUCCUCGAUUCGAACUGCAAGGGCCUGGUGCAUGCCGUCAUUGAUUGCAAGUGGAUUGCGCGAAACGAUGACUUUGUACGCUCCUUCCAAAUCUUCUUGCGCAGGUUGCUCUCCGUGCAAGCCGGUUAUAUGUCGACUAUACUACAAAUGCUCGUCGACAUGUUCCUGGGCGCACCCUCUCCAAACGCAAGACAGACGGACGACCCGCCCAUUCAACGCGUUCAUAUACAAGCUCGUGUACACCAGACACUCAAGAGCAUACUCCGAUAUAGUCCCAUGGCUAGCUCCUUUCUCUCACCCAUCAUAUCCAACACAUUCCCCAUCUCGCACGAGAGCGCCAAACUACACGUCGAAUUCAUCCGCAAUAUAUUUACCGUCACCGAGUACGCGCCGGAAAUUAGAGGCGAGAUCUUGGCAUUGGUCACGGACAAGCUAUGCAAGAUUGACGCACAGAUGCAAAUGGACAUGGACGACAUGGAUGACGAUUUGGAGGAGCGUCUCGUGAACGAUGCCAUCUACGACGAGGAAGACGACGACAACGCAAGCGAUGCCGGCUCCGACUCAAGCGAAGGCAGUCUGGAUCCGGAAGAGCAGCGGCUCAAGGACAUCAGGGACAUGAUGCUCAAGCUCGACAUCGUCAUGGACCUGCAAUUCUCAUACUACGCCUCGAUAUUCGACAAGCGCGAUGUCAAGGAAUCAGACCGCAUGUACGAAACUCUGCUUGCACAGUUCCAGUCCAUCAUCAUCCCCACGUACCGAUCAAGACACGCUCAAUUCGUCCUAUUCCACUUUAGCCAACUAUCGCCACAUUUCAUGGAGCUCUUCGUAGACGCAUGUUCCCGUCUCGCCAUCGACGCAAACAGACCCCCCUUACUGCGCGCAUCCGCAUGCGCCUACCUCGCCUCCUACAUAGCCCGCGGCGCCCACGUCCCCGGCUUCCUCGUCCGCGACGUCUUCGCCACUCUAUGCUCGCAGCUCGAGCGCCUCCGCGCCACGCACGAGCCCAAGUGCACCGGCCCGGAUCUCCGUCGCUACGGCACCUACUACGCCAUCGCGCAAGCGCUCCUCUACGCCUUUUGCUUCCGCUGGCGCGACCUCAUCGUCACCACCGACGGCAAACUGCCGUCCGACACGGACAUCAUGUACCACGACGGGGACUUCCUCUGGCACGGCAAAACACUCGAAAUCCUCCGUCGCAACAUCUUCUGCAAACUCAACCCGCUCCGCAUCUGCGCGCCGGACAUUGUAAAGCAAUUCGGGCGGAUUGCCAAACACCUCCGUUUUACAUAUGUUGAUUCGCUCGUGGAGACGAAUAAGCGCGUGAGGCUGUCGCGUAGUGUGGCGAGUAGUUAUCUUACUGGGAUUGGAGGACGCGAAACGGCGCUUACGGGGAAGAAGGGUGAGGAGGCUUUUCUGAUGGAUGCGUACUUUCCGUUUGAUCCGUAUGUGCUUCCCAGGAGUAAGAGGUGGGUGGAGGGGGAUUAUGUGCAGUGGAGUCCUGUUCCGGGGAUGGCGGUGGAGAAGGAGGAGGAUAGUGAUGAUAGUGAUAGCGAUGAAGAAGAGGAAGAUGGGGAUGGGGAUGGUAGCACUGAGGAUCAUGAUGGGGAUGAGGGGGAGGGGGUUGAUGACGUUGAUGAUGAUGAUGAGAGUACCGAGGCUAGUUUUCUCGAUGAAAUUACGAGGGCGUGGGCGUCGUAG